UCUUUAUAUUCUUAGAAUUAGAAUUACAGGCCUUCUAUUUGAGAAGAAAUUUUUGGUUCUUGCUGAAAUUGCUUUGCUAAGAUAAUCUGCUCAUUCAUUAUAUAUCUCGCAUGCAUAUAUGCUCAUGAAAUAAUAGGAAACUUUAGCUGUCACUGAGAUUGGAAAAAGUUUGCUGAUUAUUUCAUUCAUCAAGUAUGAGACUAACCAAGAUCAAUCAUUACAAUCAUCAACAUCCGCUCAUAUUAAAGGAUCCUCAAGAACCAUAUCUGUGCGAUGGGUGCAAAGAGCGAGGACUUGGCUUGUGCUAUGAAUGCGAGCAUGAAGGAUGCAAUUUCUCUCUUCAUGAAGAAUGUGCAAAUGCUUCUCAAUCGACUUACCAUCCUUUUCUGAAUGAUUGCAACCUAAAUUUUCACAUGAAAGCCCCACAAGAUGGCAAAAGAUAUUGUGACGCUUGUGGAAAGGAUAUAUUAGGGUAUGUAUAUCAAUGCAACCACAAGCGCCCCUUUGAUUUACACCCAUGUUGCGUUAAGCUUCAACGCACCUUAUCUGCGGAUGGAGUUACAAUACACCUAAAGGAAAAAUUGCCAUCAAAAUGCCUGAAAUGUGGAAGCAAAGAGAUUGCGAAGAGAGUAACCGGUUGGUGCUACGUGUCGUCCUGUGGUAAGUAUUGUUAUCAUGUAGCUUGUAUAAAAGAAAUGAUCCUGGAGAGCUGGAUGAAGCAACAAGAAAACAAGACAGGAGAGCCGAGUUGCCUGGCAUUGCAGCGUUUGAAUACAAGUCAAGAGGUAGCAACACAAAGUGAGAGCUCAAAUAAGGCUGCAAAGCUGUGGAAAAUGACAAAAACUGUGAUUUUGCUAAUCAUUUCUGCUAUAUUUGGAGACCCGACAUCUCUGAUUUUUGCUCUCGCACAACACUUAUUCUCAAAUUAAUUUAUAAGAAGCUAGGUUUUAUGUUUAUGAUCAAUGUUUAUUUUUGCAUAAAUCUUGUACAUAGUAUUAAUUGGUCAAGUACUUUCCCAUUGUGUUCGUAAUUGUGUGUUUUUGGGAAGGUUUGGAAAGUUAAAAAAAUGUUUGUACAAAAGAAAAUAAUGAAUGG